CACACACAGAAGACACACACACACGCACACAGAGAAGGAGAGAGCAGCUCAAGGAUCUCAGGUGGAUGAUGUGUCUUUGGACCUCGCUUGUCCUCGUCCUCUCCCUGACCCCGACUUUGAUCUCCUCCAUAGGUCUGGUCCCCGGUGUGAGUCUGUACGAGGUCGUGUGGGAUCACAGCGAGACGUUAGCGGAGUCCAUUCUCCGCUCGUCCUCCGUCCUCUCUGGACUGCAGUCGGGUCACCUGACCAAACACUGCUAUGUCAACUUCCUCCAGCAGGAGGCGCUCUACCUGCACAGUGCCAGCAGCACCCUGGAGGCCGUGAUUGGUCGUCUCCAGGAGUCAGGUGACGUGCGCUCACUGCUGCAGGACACACUGACACACUACAGCAGCAGAAACCUGAGUCUCGCUCCUCUUCCAUCACCUCCUCCUCCUCUGUGGCUCCAGUUCUCCCUGCAGUCGCUCCGCUCUGUGGUUCUGGACGAGCCCGUGUACUGGCUGGUGGCGCUGUCAGCCCGCGCCUCCCUCCGCAGCUUCCUGGUGGAGGAGCUGCUGAAUAACCGACCUGGUCCUCGGCUGACACCGGAGACUGUGGGCGACGCCCUCUUCCAGGAGUGGAGCAAAGACAGCCUGAAGGAAGUCACCUGGACACGCAGGUUUAAAGGCGUGUUGGACAAACACCAGAGCAACACGGACAUGUAUAAAGCCAUCAACAUCUUCAGAGAUCACAUGAUGAACCAGAAGAGUUUCUACAAAGCUGUAGACUGUGAAGCUGCCGAUGAAGAGGAGUGAACUGAGGUGGAGGGUGUUUUAUGACACCUGCUCAGGUAUCUGACACUCAUUCUGGAUCUGACACUGAUUCUGGUUUAUCUGGUAUAUCUUGUGAAAGAAAUACCACGGACCAUUGUUACGCUGACAAUAUUUUUUCAUCCUUUAGGCUGUUACACCUGUUACACCUGAAAAUGUGCCUUUAACAACAAUGGAGGAAAUAGUUACCUUAUUUUUCAUCUCUUCUUUAAGUGUAAACAAAAACAAUCACAAGUGUUAGUGACUUAAAAAAAGAUCAUAAAAUAUAUAUAACAUAUGACAAACAGCUCUAGUUGUGUGAAUAUACUGUUAUACUUAAGUCUAGUUAUUUAUCUUUAUAUACUUUUUUAGAUACUUUAUAUUGUGAUGUCUCUUUCAUGUUUUCUGCAGGUUUUGUCCACCUGUAAUACCUGUAAUAAAAAAAUGAUUUCAAGAACUGAA